AUGGUGGGAUUGAAAAGAAGCUUCUCUGAUCAUAAUCCCUUAAUGCUAUCGCUAGAAGUUAGUAACAACUGGGGUCCUAAACCUUUUACAUGCUAUGACGCUUGGUUCCUGAAUUCGAAGUGUAAAGGCUACCUCAUCAAUGAAUGGAGAAAUAUCCCAAAUGAAUCCCUACACAACAAGUUGAAAUCCUUGAAAGCACCCUUGAAAUCUUGGCGAAAGGAGAAUUUUGACCACAUGGAUAACAAAAUAUCCGAACUUGAAUCUGCUAUACACGACCUUGAUAGAAUAACCGAUGACAGGGACCUGAAUGACAUGGAGAGGGCCAAACUGAAUGCAGCUAACUGUCUUCUGAAUCAAUGGUUGAUAAAAAGGGAAAGAGUGUGGAGACACAGAGCCAGAUCAUAUGGGUUCAACAUGAAAGAUCAUAACACAAAGUUUUUCCAUGCCUCGACAAUCUUCAAAAAAAAGAGAAAUGAGAUUCUCCAGACAUACAUAAAUGGCAGGAGGGUACAGGGGGUCUCAAAUCUCAAGUACGAAGUCAGAAACUAUUUUGCACAUAGAUUUAAACAAAAGCAAACCCCGGCUUUCGAUUUCAAUCUGGAUAACCAUCCGAAAAUCUCGGCCGCACAAGCAGUUUUCCUGGAAACUAUCCCUUCAAGAGAGGAAGUGAAGCAGGCAGUAUGGGCAUGUGGUAUCGACAAAGCCCCGGGCUUCGAUGGGUACAAUUUCAAGUUUAUCAGGGAAAUGUGCGAGGUUUUGGAGGAGGAAAUUAGUUUGUGGUAG